AUGACAACCUCGGUAUUUCAGCUUAAGUGCGGGAUCAAGAAUGAUCCCUGGGGUAAGCAAGGUAAAAAUUCGUUAGCUGGUGUUCUUUGCUCCAAGACGCCUGGUACAAUUGAAGUGGAGGAUGAUCAGCAUUAUUCUGAGAUGUGGAUGGGCACAUAUCCCACCGUCCCAUCUCGUAUCCUUGCCACAGGCGAACUCCUAAGCGAGUAUCUCCAAAAGCACCCCGAGGUUACCGGCGAAGGAUACAAGAAAUGGGGUACGGAGGUGCCUUUUCUCCCGAAGAUCCUCUCCUUCCAAAAAGCCCUCCCCCUCCAAAUCCACCCUGACAAAAAGCUCGCCGAGAAACUCCACGAAUCCCAGCCAGACAAAUACUCGGACCCGAACCACAAGCCCGAAAUCGCCAUUGCCCUCUCCAACUUCGAGCUCUUCGUCGGCUUCAAGCCCCUGCACGAGAUCGAAAACCUCUUCAAACUCGCCCCUCUUCAACGCUUCCUCCCUACAGAAACCAACGCCCCUACCUUCGACGAUUCCCUCCUACGCGAAAUCUCCCGCAUCCUACUCACUCUUCCACCCAUACUGGUCUCCGAAACCAUCUCCUCCCUGCUCACCAUCCCAGAGGCCCAGUUCGGCCCGAACCAGCGAUACAUCCCUGGCUUACUGACAAGGUUGAAGAAGAUGUACCCAGAUACCGAUAACGGGAGUCUUGUCGCAACAAUCCUUAUGAAUUAUAUGACUCUUGGGCCUGGGGAGGCGGUUUGUGUGCCUGCGGAUAGUAUGCAUGCGUACCUUACCGGGGAUAUCAUGGAGUGUAUGGCAAGGUCGGAUAAUGUGAUUAAUACGGGAUUUUGCCCUAAAGCGGAGAGCGACGACGUGGAUUUGUUUACGGGGUCGUUGAGUUUCACGCCGCAUGAUGUGGAUAGUGCUCUUUUGAGGACGAAGAAAAGUGAUGUUGGGAAGUGUUGGAAGACGGAGGUUUAUGAGCCGCCGUUUUCGGAGUUUUCGGUGCUGGGGGUAAGGCUUGGGAAAGGGGAGAAGGAGGUGCAUAGGGGGGUUAAGGGAGUGAGUUUGCUGGUUGUUGUGAAGGGGAGUGGGUGGAUGGGUGUGGAAGGUGAGAAGUUUGAGUUGAAGGAAGGGUGGGUUUAUUUUGUGGGUGCCGGGGUUGAGGUGAACUUUGAGACGGAGGGGGGGUUGUUGGUUUAUAGGCCAUUUGCGGAGUAA